AUGUUAUUAGAAUUGUUUCAAUAUAUUAGUAAAUACAUACCUAAAUAUAUGAUUGCUAAUGUACCUAAAAAUUUACCUACAAAAGAGAUGUACGCUAUAUUCGAUAAUGCAGAUGAUAGUUGUGAGAGUAAUAUUAUUAAAGAAUAUGGAUCGAAACUUAUAGACACGCAGAAAUGGAUUACGAAUACUCCUGAAAAAAUAGUUAAUGCCUUAUGCCAUAUAUAUGAUUUAAAUACGAAAGGGAAAAUUAAUAGUUCUUAUUGUGAUUACCUGUACUUUUGGUUAGGAGAUAUAAUAUAUAAAAAUAUAAAAUACAAUAUAAAUUUUACACCUGUUAUAGAUGUUAUUAAGUUCAUACUACAAAGUAAUGGAGGCAUGUGUACAUAUAAUUAUGAUAAAUAUAAUAUCGAUCGAGAAGAAUUUAUGGACAUUAAGCAACUUUUUGAUUAUUCAAAAGAUUAUAAUGAGCUUAAACAAGUUAUAACUAAUGGUUCAUGUAGUGCUGAUUAUACGAAACUUCUUAAUAAAUAUGCCUUUAUAUAUAGCAAAUUCGAAUUAAAGUGCAGUAAAGAUCAUGCAGAGACUAAGCAUUGUGAAUAUAUUAAGAAGCUUUUUGAGGGCAAGAAUCCAAAGAAAUUGUCAUGUAAUUCACGAAAAAAUAAUGAUAAAUCUCCAAAUCAACAAGAACAUCAUAGUGGAUUGCCAGAAUCAAGAGAAAAAACAGUGGAACACAGAACAAUAGAUCAAGAAGAAGAAUUUCGUAGCAGUGGGGUACAUCCAGGUCAACAAGUACAUAUUUUAUUAAGAAAUACAAAUGAACAAGAUUUAAUCCAUGAUAAUUAUAAAUUUAAUUCUUUGGUUAUUAAAGGUCCCAUGCAGAGUGCCAUUUUUGAUUUUUCAGCUUCUUCAUCCUCAAAAAAUAUGGUAAUGCCUCCUUUAGUUAUAGGAAUUACAGUUCUUUCUGUUAUACUGUGCAAAGUAAUCUUUACUCCAGUCGGGUAUUGGUUAAAAAAAGUCUUAGUAGGAAAAUCUAAAAGAAAACGUAAUAUUAUAAUGGAUGGUAAUAUAACAGAAGAUUAUUCGAUGUAUGAAAAUUUAGAAUCACCGAGAAGAUUUAAAUUAACAUACAGUAAUAUAUAA